UAUCCGGCCACGUUAGGAUUGCCGAUUAAGCAAAAGUGUCAAAAUUUUGACUGUACAACCUAAACACCAAAUAAAAAUUAUUUCUUAUAUUUUUUGCAAAUGUCUGUUAUUUAAAAGUAAAUAAUUAUGGAACAAUCGUGGUUGCUGUUUUCAUUCUUAUAUAUUAUUUAUUUUAUAAAUCGAUCAAAUGGAGUUGAACUAACCUUUGAAUUGCCGGAUAGUGCCAAAGAAUGUUUUUACGAAGAAAUUAAAAAAAAUGUGACGGCUACGUUAGAGUUUCAGGUCGUUACUGGCGGUCAAUAUGAUGUGGAUGUGUCAUUAUCAGAUCCAAGAAAUAAUGUAAUUUAUCAGCAAGUAAAAGCACAGUUUGAUACACAUACUUUUACGGCAAAAGAGCAUGGUAUUUACAAAGUAUGUUUUAGUAAUGAAUUUUCAACAUUUUCACAUAAGUUAGUCUACAUGGACUUUCAAAUUGGUGAAGAACAACCUCUUCCAGGGCUUGGCGAACACGUAACUGUUAUGACACAGUUGGAAUCAUCAGCCCAAGAAAUUCAUAAAAGUUUAACAUCCAUGUUGGACUAUCAAACACAUCAUAGAUUACGUGAAGCGCAAGGUCGAAAACGUGCCGAAGACUUAAAUGAACGAGUAUUAUGGUGGUCAAUUAUGGAGACAAUAGGCAUACUUGUAAUUACGAUUGGUCAAGUGUUUGUAUUAAGAAAUUUCUUCUCAGAGAAACCAUCAUCCUAUCAAAGAUUAUCAAACUCUUUGUAAUAUUUAUAAAGAAAACCAAUGUUAAUUUUAAUUUAAUUUUUUUUUUUUUAUAGUGAAAAAUAUUAUUUUGGUUAAAAAAAAACUAAAUUUGUUUUUAUUUGUUUUUCUUGUUGAGUGCAAUUCUAAAGUGAAAUCGGUGAACUCGCACAAUAUAUUGCACUCAAUUUUAAUUCUCUGUUGUGAUUUUAAUUUAAAACCGGAUGUGCAAAAUAGUUUUUUCGUUAUAUUUUUUCAUAGAUUGUUUUUGAUCUCUAUAAAUAAGGGGAAGAUUUCAUUCAUAUUUUUAAAGCAUUUUUGCUUAGUUUAGACCAAGAGAGCACUCGGUUGAGUACUUU